AUGAUUUUGCAUACUGGUGGAGUUAGUAAGAGAAGCUUGGGUGAUUUGAAAAAAGUCCGAAUUUGGAUAGACGAAAGUGGUUUAUCGCAUCGACAGUCCUGGUUCUGCGAUACGAUUGUUUUCAAAGAUCUGCAAACGGGCUCUAUUUACACCUUUGAAGUAAAAAAUUGGUUUGGAAUGCAAAAUGGAGAUGGUCAGAGUGAACGGCUUGUUGAAAUCGGAAAAGAAACUGUAUAUAGUCGUUUCAAGACAUCACUUGCCAUGCAUUCGUUGGCUGAACACUUAACCUACUGGAACAUGUUUACAGGUGGUGGAUUAAGAACUCGUUGGAGGUUCACUCGUCUUGAACGUGUUUGCAAUUUUUAUUUGGGUAUUUCAAUAGCUUUACUGGCGAAUAUGUUGAUCGCUCGUCUACUGUCGCAUUUUGAAACUCGCGCUAGUUUCUUUGCUAUAUAUGGCUAUAACUUUACACUGUCAGAUCUAUGGUUGGCCUUUCUGUGUUCUUUAAUUUGUGUCCCAACCACUAUACUUGUUCCAAUUUUACACAGCUACAUCCCAGCAGUCCACAAAGCAAAAGAAAAAAGCCAAGAAUAUUGGCAGUGGUCGAAACGGAAUCGUGAUGGAACACUAAAAUUCAAAGACCGUGUAAUUCGGUUUGUCAAGGGAAUUGAAUUCCUUAUAGGACUGGCAUGUACCAUAUGCGUUUUGCAUAUGGGUUUUGAAGCCACGCAAGAGCAGUCAAUGGCAUUUACCCGAAGAUUUCUCAUUAUGAUUUUAUUCUGGGUUGUAUUUAUAGAACCUAUUAAGGCUGCAUUUUGUUCUCUAUUUGUUACUUUCUGUCGGAAAAACUACUGCUUGAUUCAAAAUUACGAAAUGGAAGGUAUAACGAAGUUAAAAGAAAAUAUGGAUGCAAGAAAAAUAGCAGAACCAACCGAAGAAGAACACCGCAAUUUUACAAGAGAAACAGAAACAGGGCGAAAACUACCCUUGCUUCACAAGUCUUAUGAGAUAAGAGAAAGGCGAAUGCGCGAUGAGCAACUGUUUGUAACUCUUUGGGAAAUUAUUGGAUUUUUCGUCUCUCUUAUUAUUUGUUUGGGUCUCGCCACUUAUAGUAAAGAUUCGGCAGCAUACAAUUUUCAAAAUCAGGUGAGUUGGUACGAUGGUAAGACUGCUCGAGGAAUGUCUGGAUUUAUUAACGACAAAGCUUCGCGAAAUAUGGGUUAUGGCAUUUUAAGACAAGUUCGUUCUAAGAAGAAUAUCAACUGUGGAUCUGCUGAAAUUAUACCAAGAAACGAGUGUAGAGGCUACACUGGAAUAAAAUACGAAGAUAGAACUUCAGCUUACGAUGCAUCGUGGAGUGAACCUGUAGCUAAGGCUAAUGCUAAAUACGAGUACAUCUACAGAACCCAAGAAGAACUUUCAGGGUCGACUUAUCAAGGAAAUCUCGACACCUAUUCGGGAGGUGGUUACGUAAUGACGCUAAAUGGUUCUAAGUCUUCUAUUCAGGAGAAAUUUCAAUAUUUACAAAACAGUCGCUGGAUUGACGAGAAUACCAGAGCACUGUUUAUUGAAUUUUCAAUUUACAAUGCGCAAAUCAACUAUUUUGCUGUCAUACAAUUGAUUGUUGAGAUACCACCUACCGGAGCGUUCUUCCCUACAGCUUCAAUUCAAGCUGUUCGUCUAAUCAAAUAUAUUGAUUCUGAGGGUACCAUAGUCAUGGCAUUUGAAAUCCUUUACGUAAUCUUCUGCCUAGUCUUCCUGUUUAAAGAAGUCUACCAAAUCUUGACUAGAGGAAUUCUGCAGUAUCUUAAGUCUUUUUGGAAAAUGUCAGAUAUUGCAAUUGUUGUAAUGUCAAUCUGUUCGCUGCUUGCAUACUGGUCAAGACUUGUAGCAGUCAACAAAGUUUCUGAAAACUUCUUGGCCACGAAUGGGAACGCAUAUGUUCGGUUAGACAAUGAACAAAAUUUAGAACUACGGUUUCUCAGUUUUAUGGCGGUUGUCGUAUUCUUGAUCUGCAUCAAAAUGAUUUAUAUUCUAAGAUUCAACCGUCGUAUUGGUGUUUUUGCUUCGACACUUUCACGCUCUUUCCAAACAAUGGUGAUAUUUGGAGUAAUUUUCCUGCUUGUCAAUCUCGCUUUUGGUACUUCCUUGUACGUCAUUUUGGUAACACAACUGGAAUCCUAUCGAGGCCCAAUAACUGUUCUUCAAACCGGAAUUAUCUCACUGCUCGGAAAAGUGUCUGCAGUGGAUGUCAUAUCAGCAAGUUCAUUUGUCGGUACCAUUGGUUUAUUAAAUAUUUUUGUGAUGAUGAUUAUGUAUAAGUUCGAGGAAGUGCGAGCUGAUCCAAAAAACCAAACUAACGACUAUGAAGUAAUGAGCCACAUCGAAACAAAGAUUUUGAAAAUGUUCAACAGGCUAAAACGACAUCAUGAACCAAAUCUGGGUUGCCCGGAUCGAUUACACACCACUUAUGUCUGUGACAUAAUACAAGCGAAGUUUCCAAAUAUAAACUUUAUCUCUGCCGAUAUUUCAGACUGUUCUUUUAACACAUUCAGUGGAAGAAUUGUCGUGUUUCCUGCCCCGAUACUUCAGGGAACACGACGAGCUGGAGAACAGCAAGAAGACCCAGUGAUGGCGAUAUACAGCUCGGUGGUAUUGCCAAAGCCAUAA